GAGGAGCAUUCAUGUAGCAAGUAGGCAAGGAGCUAGAAGGGGGGAGCUGAACAUACCUCUCGAUUGACGGGGACAGAGAACAAGCGAGAAGAACCCAUGAACAGAUUUGGCACGCCGAAUUGAAAUGCCAUCAGUGUUUCUGUCAACAGUAACCGCUUGCACAUCAUACCACCACGCUUUGCAGGACAGCGUAUAGGGGCAUAGUCGAUAGCAGGGGCAUAAACAUAGUUUUAGCUUCUCGAUCGCUUUUGUUUCUGUUAUUUUGUAUUCACGGCAUGGCAUGUAAUCAUCUGGUAGUUUGAUGGGGCUUCUAAGGAUUAUGAUGCCGCCUAAGUUUCAGCUUUUGGCUGUCAUGGCUUUUGGAAUUGCCAUGAUGUUCAUCGAGAAUCAGAUCCAGAAACUGGAGGAAUCUCGGACGAAGCUGGAGCGCACCAUAGCCCGGCACGAGGUUCGAGAGGUGGAGCAGCGUCACAUGCAGGAGGGGGGGGCGGGGCGAGACGUCCCGGCGGCGCCCCCGGUGGACGGAGAUGACAUGGUCAUCAUCUACAACCGGGUCCCCAAGACGGCCAGUACCUCCUUCACCAACAUCGCGUACGACCUGUGCUACAAGAACCACUACCACGUGCUGCACAUCAACACCACCAAGAACAACCCCGUCAUGUCCCUACAGGACCAGGUUCGGUUUGUGAAGAACGUGACGUCCUGGAGGGAGAUGAAGCCGGGCUUCUACCACGGACAUGUGGCCUUCCUGGACUUCUCCAAGUUUGGCGUGAAGGGGAAGCCGGUGUACAUCAACGUGGUGCGCGACCCCAUCGAGCGGCUGGUCUCCUACUACUACUUCCUGCGCUUCGGGGACGACUACAGGCCGGGCCUCAGACGGAGGAAGCAGGGAGACAAAAAGACGUUUGACGAGUGUGUGUCUUCGGGAGGGUCGGACUGCGCUCCUGAGAAACUGUGGCUCCAGAUCCCCUUCUUCUGCGGGCACUACUCCGAGUGCUGGAACGUGGGCAGUCGGUGGGCGCUGGAGCAGGCCAAGUAUAACCUGAUCAACGAGUACCUGCUGGUGGGCGUGACCGAGGAGCUGGAGGACUUCAUCAUGAUGCUGGAGGCAGCCCUGCCACGCUUCUUCAAGGGGGCUACUGACCUCUACAGGACAGGUAAGAAGUCUCACCUGCGCAAGACGACGGAGAAGAAGCCGCCCACCAAGGACUCCAUCGCCAAGCUGCAGCAGUCGCCCAUCUGGAAGAUGGAGAACGAGUUCUACGAGUUUGCGCUGGAGCAGUUCCAGUUUGUGCGCGCCCACGGCGUCCGCGAGAAGGACGGAGAGCUCUACGUGCUCGCACAGAACUUCUUCUACGAGAAGAUCUACCCCAAAGUGAACUAACGGAGUCCCUCUCUCACAAGCUCUUCAGACGGAGAGACAAGAGACAUGGAGAGAAAGGGAGAAAGAGCGAGAGAGAGACAAGCCUCCAACGAGGGCGUGGAGUAGAGGAAAGGAUGGAGGAGAAGAGGAAAGGAUGGAGGAGGAGAGGAGAGGAUGGAGGAGGAGAGGAGAGGAUGGAGGAGGAGAUGAAAGGAUGGAGGAGGAGAGGAAAGGAUGGAGGAGUAGAGGUGGGGUGGCUGGAAAGGGCAGUAUGGACCCUUGUUGAUCCUCCACCACCACCACCUCCAUCACCAUCAGUCUGUACGAGCUUCCUGUCCUCCAGGCGAUGUUUGUUUGUUGUUAUUAUUUGUUGUUGUUUUUUAUCAUGCUUUUUUGUUUUCUUUUUUUAUUUUGUGUCACAUACACUGGGAGAAAGGGAGAGAGAAGAGAGAGAGAGUAAGGAUUGUGGGGACAGAUGGAUUGUGUUGUUUUCGUAAAAGCUGGCCAAC